CCGACGUCAACUCGCCACUCAACCUACAUCAUCCCAUCUCACAUAGAAGAUAAGUUAAAAACACCGCCCUUCAAUAUAUCACCUACGAACUGCAAUAUUAUCCCACAAAACUACACUACAAGUUACACUACAAACUACCCUACAAACUACCCUACAAACCACAGACAUCAUGAGUGAUCUCCCCUCCAGACUCAAGACCCAGACCGAGACCGACCCGGUACAUCCACCCUCUACCCAGCCACCGUCAGUGUGGAAACCCGCGUUAGACCGUCGACAGAGCUGGAAUACACAGGAUUUGAAGCAUGAGAUGCAGGAGAGGUUGUUGGGGGGAAGUCGUGAUAGUGGGAGUGAUAGUGGGGGUGGUAGUGGGAGUGGUAGUCAGGGGUUUACGGAGAAGAGGGGAUAGAUGUUCUGAAUUAGGAUGGAUAGAUGUUCUGAAUGAGGAUGAUGGUAUCAAAUUGUAUGAA